UCUGUUCUAUUUUCAUCUUAGAGUGGUUCGUUUGGCUGGCCCAAGCGCUUAUCACUUUUCUUUUUUAAUAACAUUCCAUCCAUCCACUCAGCAGUCUCUACACAUUGUUUAUUCUUCAAUCUUCAAUUGCAACCUUCACAAUGUUCGCUGCUCGUGCUGCCAAACCCAAGCUGUCCUUGUCCAUCUCUACUGCCCAGACUUCCACCCGACCUUCGCUGUCGCUCAAGUCUCCCGGUCUGCCUCGCACUCCCAUCUCUCCUGCUGCUGCUAGUCCUGGUGCUGCCAGAUUCUCCUCGCUGCAGGUGCCUUCUUACGGGUACACCAACUCCUGCUCGUCCAAGAGCAUCCUCAAGAAACAACCCGGCUCUUCUGGCUCAGCCAAGCACAUCCAGUUCAAGGGCACCCCCGUCGUCCACGCCGUGACGCCAAUUGAGAAUCCCGAAGAAUAUUAUGGCAACUACACCAAAUUGUCGCGUGAAGAGCGACGAUGGAUAGUGCGCGAGUGAAUCCCUGUCGAUCCUUUCCGAUGACAACAAAAACCACUUUAAUUCAACCACGGGCGGAUCGAGGAGUGCAAGGCCAGAGAGUCAGAGUCUGUCUGAGCCUGUAUACCGCUCUUCUAUGAUGACCCACAGCCACGCCCGGCUUCGACUCCGGCUCGACAAGUCAAUGUGCAGCAGUCUGGUUGCCAGGGCAGCUUUGAUGGAACUGUCAAUGCGGGAUUUCGGAUGAUCAGGGCUGUUGCCACGCGAAUGAACGCUUUGAUGGAAAUG